AGCCACUUCCGCCCGGGGAAAGCGAGGCCGCCACCAUCUUUCGGUCCGGGAGGUGAGUCAACCCUGCACCCCCACGACCACUCCGAGCCUUUUCCGCCGAGCGUGGGACUGUUCGCUCCCCAGCCCUCAGUCUUGGGAUGGAGAAGUCGCGGCCGCCGGCGGAGGCCGGAAGUUUGGAUUCCCUCAGCUCUGGUGCCCCGCGUACCGAGCAGCGCUGCUUGUAUCGGUACGCCACAUAGCCAGUUACUUGUCAUCUCUGCGCUCUAGUUUCCUCAUCUGUAAAAUAGCAGUAAGAUGGUAGGUACUGGGUAGGGAUGUCAUUCGAAUUAAAUGAGACAAUGUAUUUCAAAAGCUUAGAACGGUGGCGGCAGCUGAUACCAGUUUGCUUUUUGGUGCUGAUACUGUUAAUUCCUCACAAGCGCAGUUUUUACUGGAAGCCCCAGUGAAGAGGGAAACAAGGUCAGGGCUCAAGGAGAAUGUCACGGUCCUCUGUCACAUCCAUUAGGAGACCGAGCCCUUCCCGAACUUUUACUGAUUUUUUUUUUUUAAAGGAAGUAUUUUCAGUGAUCCUGCACCAGUGCCUGAGGGUGUUCGCUGCGGUUUAUCCGGGGCAUAGACUCUGUCGUGCCAGUUCACCACGGCCUUUUCGCGAAGCCUUUUUCUUCACCGCCCCCGAAUGCGGAAAGAGGAGGAAGGAGAAACUUGGCUUCUCACAGCAGAGCCCCAGAAAGGGAUUCCUGGUUCUUAAGAACUUUCCACCUACUCACUUAAUCCUUGGAACAACCCUAUGAGUUAUGCCUUCUCAUGACUCUGACCUUCCCCAGAAGGAGCAGGAGAAAAUGACCAAGUUUCAGGAGGCAGUGACAUUCAAGGACGUGGCUGUGGUCUUCACCAGGGAGGAGUUGGGGCUGCUGAACCUUGCCCAGAGGAAGCUGUACCGAGAUGUAAUGGUGGAGAAUUUCAAGAACCUGGUUGCAGUGGGGCAUCUUCCCUUCAAACCAGAUAUGGUAUCCCAGUUGGAAGUGGAAGAAAAGCUUUGGAUAAUGGAAACAGAAACCCAAAGAAGUGGACAUUCUGGCAGCAAGAAUCAAAAUAAGAUGGAGACUUUUCAAAAAUUUGCAUUAAAAUACCUUUCCCAUGAAGAGCUAUCCUGCUGGCAAAUCUGGAAACAAGUUGCAAGUGAAUUAACCAGGUGUCUUCAGAGGAAGAGUUCCCACUUACUCCAAGGUGACUCCAUUCAGGUUUCUGAAAAUGUGAACACUAUAAUGAAUCAUGGAGGAGACAGCUCUAUUUAUAUUGAAAAUCAAGAGUUUUCAGUUUUGAAAACCCAGGAUUCUUGGGUGAAUACGUGUCUGAAUGAGUCACAGCAUCAGAGCAGAGGUAAACGAAUUGAUGUGAAAAAUAACCUGCAUGUAUGUGAAGACUUCAUGAAGAAGUCGCCAUUUAGUGAGCAUGUUAAAACUGACACAGAACAAAAAUCCUACAAAUGUAAUGAAUGUGGCAAGAGCACUAGUGAUGGCUCCAGUCAGCAAUUACCCUUAGAGAAAACCCCGCCACGUGGUGAGCGUGGAAAGGACUUCAGUUACGGCGCAGUGCUUCCCCGGCAUCUGAACGUUCAUCUAGGAGAGAAAUGCUUCAGUCCAAGCUCACGUCUGCAAACUCAGAGAAUUCCCCCAGGAGAGAAACCUGAUAAAUGUCAUGAAUCUGGUGAUUGCUUCAGUAGGAGUUCUUUUCCAUCUUACCAAUCUAAUCAUACAGGAGAAAAGUCCUAUAGGUGUGACAGCUGUGGCAAGGGAUUCAGUAGUAGCACAGGUCUUAUCAUUCAUUACAGAACUCAUACUGGAGAGAAACCUUAUAAAUGUGAGGAAUGUGGUAAAUGCUUUAGUCAAAGUUCAAAUUUUCAGUGCCAUCAGAGAGUCCACACUGAAGAAAAACCAUACAGAUGUGAAGAGUGUGGUAAGGGCUUCGGUUGGAGUGUUAACCUCCGCGUCCAUCAGAGGGUCCACAGGGGUGAGAAACCCUAUAAAUGUGAGGAGUGUGGGAAGGGCUUCACUCAGGCUGCACAUUUUCACAUUCACCAAAGAGUCCACACUGGGGAGAAACCCUACAAAUGUGAUGUGUGUGGGAAGGGCUUCAGUCACAAUUCACCCUUAAUCUGCCAUCGGCGAGUCCACACUGGAGAGAAGCCGUACAAAUGUGAGGCGUGUGGGAAAGGCUUUACCCGUAAUACAGAUCUUCACAUCCAUUUCAGAGUCCACACGGGAGAGAAGCCCUAUAAAUGUAAGGAGUGUGGCAAGGGCUUCAGUCAGGCCUCAAAUCUUCAAGUGCAUCAGAAUGUCCACACUGGAGAGAAACGAUUCAAAUGUGAAACCUGUGGGAAGGGCUUCAGUCAGUCCUCAAAGCUUCAAACCCAUCAGAGAGUCCACACUGGAGAGAAGCCGUAUAAAUGUGGCGUGUGUGGUAAGGACUUCAGUUACAGUUCAAAUCUUAAACUGCACCAAGUCAUUCAUACUGGAGAAAAACCGUAUAAAUGUGAGGAGUGUGGGAAGGGCUUCAGUUGGAGAUCAAAUCUUUAUGCUCAUCAGAGAGUUCACUCAGGGGAAAAACCCUAUAAAUGUGAGGAGUGUGAUAAAAGCUUCAGUCAGGCCAUAGAUUUUCGAGUACAUCAGAGAGUCCAUACCGGAGAGAAACCGUACAAAUGUAGUAUAUGUGGUAAGGGCUUCAGUCAGUCCUCUGGUCUUCAGUCCCAUCAGAGAGUCCACACUGGGGAAAAGCCCUACAAAUGUGACGUGUGCGGAAAGGGCUUUAGGUACAGUUCACAGUUUAUAUACCAUCAGAGAGGCCACACUGGAGAAAAGCCUUACAAAUGUGAGCAGUGUGGGAAAGGCUUUGGUAGGAACUUGAAUCUUCGCCAUCAUCAGAGGGUCCACACAGGGGAGAAACCCCAUGUAUGUGAGAAAUGUGGUAAGGCCUUCAGUCUUCCCUCAAAUCUUCGAGUCCACCUGGGUGUUCACAUCAGGGAGAAACUCUUUAAAUGUGAAGAGUGUGGGAAGGGCUUCAGUCAGAGAGCACGUCUUCAAGCCCAUCAGAGAGUCCACACUGGAGAAAAACCACACAAAUGUGACAUAUGUGACAAGGACUUCCAGCACCGUUCACGUCUUAUAUAUCAUCAGAAAGUCCAUACUGGCAAAAAGCUUUAGAAAUGAGAAGUGUGUUAUCAAGUUUUGGCAGAAUGCCCAUCUUCAAGUUUUUGGAGCUGGUGUUAGAACCUGUGAAAGUAUUGAGAGUGGAAGGGGAUUCUUCAGACUCAGAAUCUUUCUAUAACAGAGCCAUAAUAAGAGGACUAGAACUCAUUUAGGGGAGAAAUAUAGAGUGUGAUCCUCAUGGUAAGAUCCAAUGAGUAUAAACGAUCGUCUGUCAGUGUGAAUAUAUUGCCUGAAGAUAAUGUGAGAAAGGAUAUUUGCCAUAUACUAAAUGGUUUUUUGGUCAGGGAGGUUUUGGAUUAUUUUUCCUUUUCCUUUCAUUUUAUAUUUAUAGUUACUAUUUUUACUAAAGCUGUAAAGCUAUAAAAAUGAAUAAAAUGACAGACUACAAAUUUCCUGUAGCUAAGGAUUCAUAAUAUUUGAUAUGGUAUAUAGGGUUAAAAUUAAGGACUAGA